CGACUUUCGUUCGGUGGGUAGGCUAGAUAUACUGUGACCCUCACUUCCGCCCUUCCGGGAUAGCUUCCGAUACUAUUAGGCGAGAACAGUAGCUGGGUCUAAAGAGCCUCGCAAGCAAUGCCUGUAGCUCCCCUCACUACAGAACCACCCCAUCGCCAUCUGUCCAUUGGUCACCAUAGCCUGUUGUUUAAUUGAAAACCAAUACUCUACGACGUAGCGCCAUUAUGGAUCUCGUUGGUGGAGUGGCGAGGCACCUAGAACGCUCACUAGCUAUUCCUUUCACCAUCGUUUUGCUAUCCGGCGUGUUGUUGAUCACUUUUGUUUUCCGACUGCUAGGCAAAAAUGAACCACAACCACCAUAUCUUUGGGAAGCUAUCCCCUUCGUUUCCAACACCUAUCAGUACUUGACUGAUAUGGGGGCUUUCCUCGACCGAGCGACGGAAGCUCUCGGCCAGAAUGGUAUCAUCAGGUUCAAGUUGGGACUACGAGAUGUAUACAUGGUGUCUGGCGCGAAGAACGUGGCGGGUUUGUUCCGACCACCGCACAUUACGGAUCCGAACAUGUUCCAUACCCUUCUUAUGGACAAACACUGGGACAUGUCCAAAGACGAGAUCAAGAUGUUCGAAGAUGACAAGUCUGGUAGGAAGAGAGUUCCGAAUCCUGGGACGGAGGACACGCCCCCCAGCCAGCGCCACUGGUACAAUCACCAUCAGAUAUACGCCAAAUAUCUGAGCAGCGCACGAUAUACCGAAGUCCUAGCCAACACGUUUUAUCGCUUUCUUGCGGAGCGCCUCGACGAGAGCCAACCUCUGCACCAAUACGCAACAGUGGAUCUCUACGAUUUCAUGAAGGUGGCCAUGGCUGAGAGCGCCGUAAAAUCCAUGUUCGGCACGAAAAUUCUCGAGCUCAACCCCGAUCUCCUCAAGUGCUACUGGGAGUUUGACGAGGUGGCCGGGAUCCUCGUCUGGGGUCUUCCGAGGUUCCUCAUACCUCGGGCGUACGAGAUUCGUGACCGGCUACACGGUAUGACAACGAAGCAGACAGCAAUCGCAUACGAAGAAUUCGACUGGGACGGGCCGGAAGCCGAGUCGGACUGGGAUCCGUACUGGGGCUCUCGAUUCGCGCGCGAGAUCGCGCUCUGGUUGAAGGAGUCGGGAUUCUCUGUGCGCACCGCUAGCGGGCACACCAUGGCGACCUUAUUUGGUCUUAACGGCAAUACCCUGCCAAUAGCGACAUGGAUCCUGAUGGAGCUAAUCCAAGAUCCGCCCCUGCUUCGGAGGGUGCGUCAGGAGGCACAGCAGGCCUUCGCGGUCGACGAGCUUACAGGGCAACGUCGGCUUGCCGACGUCGAGAAGCUCCUAUCUAUGCCCCUGAUACAAUCCGUGUACAGCGAAGCGCUGCGCAUGCAUAUCUCCUUCAACGCGACGCGCGAGGCGCUGGAGGAUAUCUGGAUAGGCGGGUAUCGUAUAGCCAAGGGGUCCUUGAUCCAGACGCCAACACAGAUUGCCCACUACGAGGACGCGGUCUGGAACGCUGACGGGCACCCUGCCGCCGAGUUCUGGGCGGAACGACACCUAGAUUACACUGCAAAGACGGGAGAGGAUACCAAGCCCGGAGAGGCUCGGUUCUCGAUCAACGCUCGACCGACGUCUUACUUCCCCUACGGUGGCGAUCAUGCGAUGUGCCCGGGACGCCACUUCGCCAAGCGCGAGAUCAUCAUGGCGGUGGCCAUCAUCGUGGUCAAGUUCGACAUCGAGUUCGUCCAAUGGCUCCACUACGACGGCUCGGCAUCCGACAGACCUGCCCGGAACGAUAAGAAGUACGCCGGAGCGGCGGGCAUGCCCCCAGAUCGGGAAAUGAAGAUUCGGUGGAAGAGACUGUGGUGACACGCACUGGCGAGCCGUAACCGGGAGACAGGUAAGUAGAUGGGGUACCGAAGGUAGGAAGUACCUAUGUAAGUGUCUGCCUAAGGUACCUCCUAAGGUAGGUCAUUACUGUGCUCUGUGCCUUUUGCUGGGUACCUGGUGGCGUAGGAAACGUGCUCGUAUGGGGCAGAUGUAUGGGGGAUGUGGACCUACACGUAGGUACGUUCAGACACGCAUACAGGGUUAGGAUGCCUGUAAAUGUAUGUACCUGCCUACCUACCACAUAGGUAUCUAGUAUGUAUAUGAGUAGUAUGGCGCAGAUCCUAUUCCAGCCCCUCCUCCUCUCAACAAGUGGAUCGCUUCCUUAGCACCUAAAGUGGUGGUUGGACUACGUACCUAGCGAAC